AGCUGGCCAAGAUGGAAGCAGACGAGCUGUACACGCGACUAGUCAAGGAGACCCGAGGUUCUCUGGACGCCGCCGGUCACUCUAGUCAGAAGGAGCGUCCGAGCCCAGCGGAGCGAUCAGGCGUGGAGCGUGGCCAGGUGGUGAGUGGGGCGGUGGUGGCGGGGGACAGCUAUGAGGAACCCUCGUCCUACCUGAGUGACCACGCCGACGGGGAAGAGGAGGAGGAGGUCGGAGGUCACACGCCAAGGUCGCCGGGCGCCGCCGGGGAGAGCAACGACGAGGAUUUCUGAAUGAUUUACAAACAACGCUCGUCGUGUGACGCGGGAUUGGAUGGGCGAUUCUCGACAUGGCGAGAGUAACGACGAAGGAUUUCUGAGUGAUUCACGGCGCGUGGUUGGAUGAGGCAGGAGUCGCGACAUGGGAUUGGAUGAGAGAUUCACGACGUUCGCGACGCAGGAUUUGGGAUGAGACCAGGAAUUUUUGUUUUUGUGAAAAAUGUUCUGGAUGCUUGUUUCUUGUUUGGUUUUCAUUUUCCACAAAAAUAACCUCGAUGAUUGCAAUGGGUACUUUUUAUUUAUAAAAUUUGUCUUCGACACUUUUAGAAGAACAGCAAGUGGCAUCCCGGAUUAUGUUUUAUAGAGGUUUAUAUAUAUAUCUUUGACUCUUUUAGAAAAAUGGCAAGUAUUUACAUGAAAUUGGUAAAAUGUUGUCCAUGGUUAUAUUUUACAGCUAUGCUACGUCUUUUACAAUUUUACAGUUAUGAUAGCAAGUGGGGAAACAUACAAAGGGAACAAAGUGGGAAUUAUAACUGAAAUAUUUUUUUAAAAUAAGACAUUUUCUGACAAAACCAUUUUCCUCCUGUAGGCUACCAUACCCAUAUCGGAAUUUCCCUAUUUUUUUCCUUUACAUGGUGAGCUGGGUCUUGGAUCUUUUUUGUUGCUUUAACUUUAACCAUUCAGCACCUAAAGUGGCGUUGUGUGCGGAGUCUGUCAAUUCACACCUAGAGUGGCGUUGCGUCGUGUUUCAAUCAAAGAAUGCGCGACACUGUCAUGGUACACAUUUCUAUAAGAUAAGAUAAGAUAAGAUAUACUUUAUUAUCCCAGAGGGAAAUUUUUCUGGGCUGUACAGGACCGUAAAAACACACGCAGGUAUACAUAAAAAUAUUAAUUUGUACAUUGUUUAACUUUUUUUUUACCGAACAACCCUGUCAGCAAAUGAACAAAGAGAGUGC